AUGCUGUCCUUCCUGCUUUUUCUACUUGCCCUACAUGUACAGAGCCAGGGCCACAAGUGCCCAUCCUUCAAGUACCCAUCCUUCAAGUGCCCAUCCUUGCUUCAGAAAUCCUCCAACCUGGCCCGGCACGGGGGACCUGGGGGACCCGGGGGACCUGGGGGACCCGGCGUGAUCCAUCAGACGUGGAAGCGACAUGAGCUCGAUUCCAAGUCACGCGCGUGGUUCAACUCAUGGACUGCCAAGAACCCAAGCUGCCAGCACAAGCUCUGGAACGACACGGAGGUUGAAGCCCUGGUCCGGAGCAAGUCUGCUCAGUUGAUUUGGCCCAUCUGGGAUGGGCUGUUGCCAGUUGAGCGUGCUGAUGCCUUCCGCUACCUCGUGCUCUGGGCUUAUGGAGGGUACUAUGCCGAUAUCGACGUUGCAUGCCUUGUGCCUAUUUCUGAGAUGGCCUUUCCCAAAGAGACCGAUAUGAUCGUUGGCUAUGAAACGGGGCAUCACCUGACCGAAGCCGAGCGCCGCGGCGCCCGCUUCUCAAGAACUGACCAGUUCGAGCAGUGGUUCUUUGCGUCCUCCCCAUCGAACCCAGUCUUGCUUCGCUGUUUGGAACUGAUUCGAGAGAAGUUCGCCUGGAGGAUAGAGUCCACCCUCGAGUUGACGGGUCCCGCCACCUUCACUGAUGCCGUGCAUGAGUUCCUGGAGAAGGAUUCGCCUGAAGCGCUUUCCAACCUGAUUGCGGGUCACACUGGUCGCAGCUCCCGCUUCAGCAAGCGGCUCUUCCCCAGCGAAAGCCUCUACCGGCGUGGAAACUUGACGAUGUGGGUGCUUGCCUCGCAGCGAGUCUCAAGCCCUGGAUACAGCAGCGACGAUGACCCUGGCACUCCCAUCGUCCAGCACCACUUUUCUGGGACAUGGAAGUGA